AUGAAAGAAGCACCACUUCUGAUGAUUCUCAUCACCUUCCAAGUGACGGCACUAUCUGCAACCUCUUCCGGGCUCCCCAUAUCGUUGCCAGGAUGUCCUAACAAGUGUGGCGACGUGUCAAUCCCCUACCCCUUUGGCAUCGGCAAAGGCUGCGCCGCAGCUAGCAUGAAUAGAUACUUCAUCGUCAACUGUAACAGCACCUUCCAACCCCCAAGACCAAUGGUUGGUGACCCUCCAGCGACAGCAGAGAUCAUUGACAUAUCCCUGGAGCACGCUGAGAUGCGUGUUUACGGACCCAUCAGCUACAACUGCUUCACGUCGAACACCACAGUGAUGGACAACAACACCGGUGGCUUUGACUUGGUAGAUACGCCGUUCAUCCCCUCAACCACCCGCAACCGCUUCACGGUCAUCGGCUGCAACACCAUGGGGAUCAUUGGUGGCUACACACACAGCAACCCUGACCUGUACGUGGCCGGCUGCUACUCCUACUGUCAGGGCAUCAACAGCACAUCCAAUGGUGCCCCAUGCACUGGGAAGGGCUGCUGCGAAACCACCAUCACCCCAAACCUCACUGACUAUGCAGCGCUCUUAAUCAUCAACCAAAGCAGUGUAUGGACAUUCAACCCAUGCUUCUACGCUAUGCUUGCAGAGGUUGGAUGGUACAGCUUCAGGCAGCAGGACCUUGUCGGGCGUCUUGGGUUCAUCAAGGAGAGAGCCAGGAGAGGUGUGCCACUUGUCGCUGACUGGGCCAUCAGAAAUGGCUCCUGCCCAAAGGAUGGAGCGAAGGCACCAUUUGGAUAUGCAUGUGUCAGUUCAAAUAGCUAUUGUGUGGAUGCAAUCAACGGCCCAGGGUACAUGUGCAACUGUUCUGAAGGAUACGAGGGCAAUCCUUAUCUCCCCAGAGGCUGUCAAGACAUAGAUGAGUGCAAGCUGCAUAAGCAAAACCCCAAUUAUGAAGAAUUAUAUCCAUGCAAAAAUGGGGUAUGCCGCAACAUACCAGGAGGCUAUGUGUGCAAAUGCGGGAUAGGAAAAAGAUCAGAUGGCAAAAAUUCUGGAUGUCGACCUGUGCUGACCCAAGCUGAACAGGUGGUGAUAGGCCUCAGUGUUUCUUCAGCUGUGGUGAUAGCACUGAUAUGCAUGUUGGCCAUGAGAUUUCAAAGAAGAAAGUACAGGAAGGAGAAGGAUGCGUAUUUUAGAAAAAAUGGAGGUUUGAAAUUAUAUGAUGAAAUGAGGUCAAGGCAAGUGGACACCAUUCAUAUACUUACAGAGAAAGAGGUAAAGAAAGCCACAGAAAACUACAGCAAUGAUCGAGUUAUUGGCUGUGGUGGUCAAGGAAUGGUUUAUAGAGGAACUUUAGAUCAUGACAAAGAAGUUGCCAUAAAGAAGUCCAAAGUAAUCAAUGACAACUGCAGAGAAGAAUUUGUAAAUGAGAUAAUAAUACUGUCGCAGAUCAACCAUAGGAACAUUGUGAGGUUACUCGGUUGCUGCUUGGAGGUAGAUGUGCCUAUGUUGGUAUAUGAGUUCAUAUCAAACGGCACCCUCUUUGAGUUCCUUCACAGCAGUGAUUGCAAAUCAGUAAUCCCAUUGGAUCUUCGACUGAAGAUUGCUACACAAUCAGCAGAGGCCCUUGCUUACAUUCAUUCAUCAACUUCUCGCACAAUUCUGCAUGGAGAUGUCAAAUCACUCAAUAUACUCUUGGAUGAUGAAUACAAUGCAAAAGUUGCAGAUUUUGGAGCUUCUGCGCUGAAGCCUAUAAAUAAAGAUGAUUUCAUCAUGUUCAUCCAAGGAACUCUUGGGUACCUUGACCCGGAGUCAUUUGUCAGUCACCAUCUUACUGACAAAAGUGAUGUCUACAGUUUUGGGGUUGUUCUUCUAGAGCUACUAACAAGGAAGAAGCCUAUAUACAUUGAUAAUCUUGAUGAACAGAAAGCUCUAUCUCAUACCUUCGUAUUGAUGUUUCAGCAGAAGAAGCUCCGUGAUAUAUUGGACGCUGAUAUAAUAGAAGAUGAGGUUAUGUUGGUGCUCGAGAAACUAGCUGAACUUGCCAUGCAUUGUUUGAACCCAAUAGGAGAUGAGAGACCAACAAUGAAAGAAGUAGCAGAGCGCUUACAGAUGUUGAGCAGAAUCCAGAUGCAGCAAGUUACCACACCAAAUCCUAUCAGGAUGCAUUACACUUAUGGAGAAUUGCCAAUGUCUAUACCGUCUGGCGGGAUGAAAUACCAGAGCAGCGACACAGCCAAAUUGGUCUUAGAUGUAGAUCGUCUAUGA